UCAGCGAGUCACUUGGCGACGUGUACCCGGUGUCUGUGGAAGUGUUCAGGUUCACUUCUCCUGGUAUACCGGCGGCCAUUAAACACACAAAAAGCCUUAAAGGAGUGACAACAUGGGUGGUGCGCAGAGUGUGGAGAUACCGGGUGGAGGAUCCGAGGGAUACCACGUCCUCCGGGUUCAGGAGAACUCACCAGGACACCGUGCAGGACUGGAGCCUUUCUUUGACUUUAUUGUUGCCAUCAAUAACACCAGAUUGAACAAGGAUAAUGACACUUUGAAGGACUUGUUGAAAGCCAGCGUAGAGAAACCAGUCAAAAUGCUGGUUUACUCCUCAAAGACUCUGCAGCUGCGGGAGUCCACCGUCACACCCAGUAACCUGUGGGGGGGACAGGGCUUACUUGGCGUCUCUAUUCGUUUCUGCAGCUUUGAAGGAGCCAAUGAGAAUGUUUGGCAUGUAUUGGAAGUGGAGCCGAAUUCCCCAGCAGCCCUUGCUGGCUUGCGGCCGCACACUGACUACAUCAUUGGAGCUGACACGGUUAUGAAUGAGUCAGAGGACCUGUUCUCUCUGAUAGAGAGCCACGAUAGGAAAGGACUGAAGCUCUAUGUGUACAACACAGAUACCGACAACUGCAGAGAGGUGGUCAUCACACCCAACAGCUCCUGGGGAGGAGAGGGCAGCCUUGGAUGUGGGAUUGGAUAUGGAUACCUUCACAGGAUUCCCACACGGCCUUUUGAGGAGGGGAAGAAAAUCUGCUUCCCUGGAAAUAAUCCCAGUGAGCCCAUCAGUCCCUUGAAAGAUGGAUUUACUGAGGUCCAGCUUUCAGCAGUGACCCCUCCCCCCGCUGCACCUGCCUCCUCCACAAGCCUUGAAGAGUCACUGUCUGGCCUGUCAAUCAGCACAGCCCCACCCACCAUGCCCACUGAGCUACAAACAGGCUUGCCCACAGUCCCUCUGCUCCCCUCCUCCACCAGCCCGUCCCUCAGCCCCCUCACUCCGCUUAAUCCUGCUGCCACUAACUUCAACCCUGCCACCACGCUACCAGGUCUGAUGCCUCUUCCAGCUGGAUUACCGCCACUCCCUAACCUUCCCAACCUAAACCUGCCACUCCCAGACCUCAGUGCCAUGUCACUAGGCACCAGCACUUUACCACCAAUAGGAACAACAGUCCCUGGUCUGGCCUCUCUGCCCCCUCUCAACCUGCCCGGUCUGGCCCCGUUCCCCCCUCUGUCCACUGUGCUGCCCUCCCAGGUGCCUCCUCUCCUGCCUCAGAGCUUGGCUCCUCAUGUACCCUCCUCCAUCCUCACCACCACCGCCGCAGCUUCUAUUGCUGACACCACGGUGUCCACGGAAUCGCCGGCACCCACAGACACAACGCAAACGUCGUCAUAACCUGGGGAAGGAAGAUUGAGGGAAGAUCUGCCAUCAAACCAAAACACACAUCCGGUUUCUCUUUUUCCUCCGCCUUUCUUUUUCUGCCAUUUGUUUUCUAUUUAUUUGGCCAAGAGGGACAGGCAGACAGCUGCACUAGAUCAGACACAGAGGUCGGCACGCUCCAGUUAGGAGUGAGGAAGCUUGUGUGGAGUGAUGAAGGAUGAAUGGACGACACCUAGACAUGUCUUUAUUACCACACUGUCAUGGAACUGCAUGAGGAGGACGUGGUCUUCUCUUCAGCCUGUAGUUUGCUUUGCACUUCUGCAGUUACAUCAAAGCAAAUGACUGAUUUCUCCUUUUUCUGAUCUGGUCAUCCUCUGUUAAAUAUACAUUUUUUCUAUAGAAACUAUGUUAAUUUGGCUGGAUGAUUAAUUCAAUUAAGUAUGAGGCAGCCAAAAGGUCAACCAAUGAACAGCGCGUCGUCAUUUAGCUGCUCACUGGAGUAAACCAGAAGAUAUCAGAAGUAGGUCAACACAGAAAAUAAGAAUGUGCUGCUGUUUAAUUGUAACAUCCAGCCCAAACAUGUUAACUUUAGUCAUUAGUAAGAAAAUGUCCCCUACCGAUAGAUGAAUUUGAUUGACCUGUAUUCAUUUUGUUGAAAUUUCUGUAAUGUUUCCAACCAAUUAAUGAAUCUGCAUUAUUUUGCACCACCUUUGUGUUUUGAAAUUAUUAGUCUGUCUCUUUUUUUUUUUUUUUUCAUGUUUCCAUGAAUAUCAAAGUCUCUCCAUUGCAUCUAUCACCACACAAACAGUAGCAGAAUGACGUCUAUGCCAGAAGAGACGGGUGUCUGCAGUUAUCAGAGCUACUGAGUGAAGUGUGUGUGUGUGUGUGAUGGUUGGUUAAUAAUAGGGUCAGACAUGGGUGUACAGUUGUUCAAAUGGACACUACGUCUCCUGGCAUGGCCGAGGUAAAUUGGUAAGGACAGUUGCAGUGAUGCAGUAGAACCACAAGAUGCUGCUGUAACAGGUUUUUGAAAACAUCUGCAAGUCUGCACAGUGCAAGCAAUAAAGCCAAAUUAAUUCUG